GUUCGUGGGAAAGACUCCGCAGUAAUUGUAACACAGAAGAAAGACAAGUUACUGGAUUCCAACACAGUGACUCACUUAUUCAGAAUUACAGAAAAUAUUGGCUGUGUGAUGACAGGAAUGACAGCUGACAGCAGAUCUCAGGUGCAGAGAGCCCGCUAUGAGGCUGCUAACUGGAAGUACAAGUAUGGCUAUGACAUCCCUGUGGAUAUGCUGUGUAAAAGGAUUGCAGAUAUUUCUCAGGUCUACACACAGAAUGCUGAAAUGAGGCCUCUUGGUUGCUGUAUGAUUUUGAUUGGAAUCGAUGAAGAACACGGCCCUCAGGUGUACAAGUGUGACCCAGCAGGUUACUAUUGUGGAUUCAAGGCCACAGCUGCAGGAGUUAAACAGACAGAGUCAACCAGUUUUCUUGAAAAGAAAGUAAAGAAGAAAUUUGAUUGGACAUAUGAACAAACAGUAGAGACAGCAAUAACAUGCCUGUCUACUGUACUAUCCAUUGAUUUCAAACCUUCAGAAAUAGAAGUUGGUGUAGUUACAGUGGAAAAUCCUAAAUUCAGGAUCCUUACAGAAGCAGAGAUUGAUGUCCACCUUGUAGCUCUGGCAGAGAGAGACUAGUGUUUCCUUUUGCAUUGUCUGUGCUUCUGGCCAGAAUAUUUGGUGAAAACACUUAUUAAUGGCUUUAGAUUAUGGGUGGAAAACCAUGUUCACUAUAUGAUGUAUUUUACUCUGUACAAAUAAAACAGAGGUUUUUGAAA